CCAACAUCAGAAGUGGCCAAACCACCAUCUUACGUUGCAUAAACAAAAUCCAUUUAUUUUAAUCAUAUAAAAGGCCGGGCAAAGUUCCUUUCCGGCAUUCACUAUUUUCAUUUUCAGCUAUAUGCCAAACUUCCAUAGUCUCCAACCUCUUUUCUGCACCCAUUUCCUUCUUCAUUUAUCAUCUUCUUUAUAAAAUUUGACAAAGAUUAGCUUCAAUUCAAAUCCCAUUUUGCAGUUUAUAGAAAUUUUCCUGCUGUUCUUUCCCUCAAAAAGGAUUAGUGGUGUGUGAGCAAUGUUGAAUUGAUACUCUUGAAGAAUUAUAGUUUCCCAAAGUGAUCGCGUUUUUAGUAUAGGAUUUGGCAAAAUGUCCCACAUUGGACAUGUUUCUGCUGUUAGCUUGGCGUCUUCCUCUAGAGUUGGUUGUCGUGUUGGUUCAGCAGAAGUAAAUGCGCUAUCAUUUGGAGCGAGCUACUCAAUGGGCUCUAAAUUGAGGAUUCCUACUAGCAAUGGUGUUAUGCCCAAAUUAGGGAGGGGGUACCGCCCUUUGAAGGUAGUUUGCAUGGACUAUCCGAGGCCAGAACUUGAGAAUACUGUUAACUAUAUCGAAGCUGCUUACCUGUCCUCUUCAUUUCGUUCUGCUCCACGUCCAAGUAAACCAUUGGAAGUUGUUAUUGCUGGUGCCGGUUUGGCUGGGUUGUCUACUGCAAAAUAUUUAGCAGAUGCGGGCCACAAGCCAAUACUGCUGGAGGCACGAGAUGUGCUGGGAGGAAAGGUAGCUGCAUGGAAAGAUGACGACGGAGACUGGUAUGAGACUGGCUUACACAUAUUCUUUGGGGCAUACCCGAAUAUGCAGAACCUGUUUGGAGAGCUAGGCAUCAAUGAUCGCUUGCAGUGGAAGGAACAUUCUAUGAUAUUUGCGAUGCCAAACAAACCAGGAGAGUUCAGCCGAUUUGAUUUCCCUGAAGUUUUACCAUCUCCAUUUAACGGGGUGUGGGCCAUCCUAAGGAAUAACGAAAUGCUUACGUGGCCGGAGAAAGUGAAGUUUGCUAUUGGUCUGUUGCCAGCAAUGCUUGGUGGGCAGUCUUAUGUUGAAGCUCAAGAUGGGAUAUCCGUUAAGGACUGGAUGAGAAAGCAGGGCAUACCUGACAGGGUGACCAAUGAGGUGUUCAUUGCCAUGUCAAAGGCUCUGAAUUUCAUUAAUCCGGAUGAACUUUCGAUGCAGUGCAUAUUGAUUGCUUUGAACAGAUUUCUUCAGGAGAAACAUGGUUCAAAAAUGGCAUUUUUAGACGGAAAUCCGCCAGAAAGGCUUUGCUUGCCGAUUGUUGAACAUAUCAAGUCACGAGGCGGUAAAGUCCAACUUAACUCGCGUAUAAAUAAAAUCGAGCGGAAUGAAGAUGGAAGUGUCAAGAGUUUUCUUCUAAGUAAUGGAACUGUUAUUCAAGGAGAUGCUUUUGUGUUCGCUACGCCUGUUGAUAUCCUGAAGCUUCUUUUGCCCGAGGACUGGAAAGAGAUCCCAUAUUUCAAAAAGCUGGAGAAAUUAGUUGGAGUUCCCGUAAUAAAUGUUCAUAUAUGGUUUGACAGAAAACUGAAGAACACAUAUGAUCAUCUCCUCUUUAGCAGAAGCUCACUUCUGAGUGUGUAUGCUGACAUGUCAGUAACAUGCAAGGAAUAUUACAACCCCAAUCAGUCUAUGUUGGAGUUGGUGUUCGCUCCUGCAGAAGAAUGGGUGUCACGAAGCGACUCAGAAAUUAUUGAAGCUACGAUGAAGGAGCUAGCCAAAUUGUUUCCCGACGAAAUUUCAGCUGACCAGAGCAAAGCAAAAAUAGUGAAGUACCAUGUUGUCAAAACUCCAAGGUCCGUGUACAAAACUGUGCCAGGAUGUGAGCCGUGUCGCCCCUUGCAAAAAUCCCCCAUAGAGGGAUUCUAUUUAGCGGGCGACUACACGAAACAGAAGUACUUGGCUUCAAUGGAAGGCGCUGUUCUAUCCGGGAAGCUUUGUGCACAGGCAAUUGCAAAGGAUUACGAGUCACUCCUUGCUCGACAGCAGAAAAUGGUGGCCGAGGCAAGCGCAAACAUGAGUUGAAAAGGAACUUAACCUGUUCUAAUGUACACUAGAAUCACGGGGGAGGUCGAUGAAGCAAGUUAUUUAGGUAGAUUGUGUACAGCACUGCAUAUACCAAGAACACACCAAAAUUGAGAAGAAGAUGCAAUGUGUAACCUGGUAAAAGGGCAAGCAAGGAAACAUCUGAAUUCAUGUAAAGCUGAUACCAUGUUUGUUGAUGUUGUUAAGAAUUUUCAAGGUCCACUAAGUAGCAAUCCAUCCUGUUUACCUCUGGUAUAGCAGUACUAUUGUUGUAUGAUGUUUACCCAUUCUAGAGAUGUCAAACGGACGGGCUUAGGUCGGUCCAAUCUGGCUUGCCAUUGGCUCGUUUAUAAAA